AUGUUGCCACUACUUGGACUCUUGACUCUGGGUUUAUCGAACAGCAGUCAAUUGGAUACAGCUUUGCAGCUGGCGGGUACAAGUUGUCGCAUUGCUCAGGCGCAGGCACAACAAAUCAACUACAUCUAUCGCUGUGUCAGCUGCCCGGCUCAAGACACGCCUUGUUAUGCCGCACUCGAGGCUGCACUGCAUCGUUGUGUCAGCUCUCGCGUGCCGACUGCAAUGCGCAGCCUGGAGGCACAUGAAUUGGAGCCAAUUCGGAAAACCGACAGCAUGAAUAUCUUUCACCUACCAGCUGGCGAGGAUGGUGAACCGUUGGUGCGUCGCAUUCUGGACAUGUUGAAUCCGCGACAGCCGCGUCGGCACUUUCACAAAUAUCUCUUCGUUUGGCCCGAGGCCAACGAGCAGCAGUUGCGACAACUCUUCGCUGGUUGCUGGCAGAAGAAGUUGCUCUUUGCGUUGGCCAUCACUGCACCGCAGGACAUCUACGACUUUAAUCCGUUUGGCGUCACUGGUUUGGAGUUGUCCAAGUCUACGUCAGCUCGUUAUGUGGAUAAGUUGAAGAAUUUGCGUGGCUACGAGUUGCGGUAUUCCAUGUUCAGUCAACCGUUGCGUGCGUUGCCUUUGCAGCCGGUGGAAACUCGAGGAUACAUUGCGAUCGAUGGCUUCACUGCGCGUCUGUUGGCGGCCAAAAUGAAUGCCACAGCGCGCUAUGUGAUUCCACCGGAUGGAGAGACCUACGGACGUUGUCUGCCCAAUGGCAGCUUCACAGGUGCCGUGGCAGAUUUGAUGGAAGGUGUCACAGACAUUUCGUUGAACAUUCGCUUCGUGCUCGACUGCAUUUGGCCACGGGUGGAGCACACUUAUCCCUACAGGCGAACCACGAUUUUGUUGGUCGUCCCCGCGGCGAAAAUGCAGCCGGAGUAUCGCAUCUUUGUCACUGCGUUUAGCAAUUUGGUUUGGCAUUUGCUGUGGAUCAAUUUCUUCAUUGCUUUCGGCAUUUUUAUGCUGUUUCAGUGGUUCAUACGUUGGAUCUCCGGUGAAGUGGGCGAUCGUUGGCCCGAAAUCCUUGACAUGUUGUUCAAGACGCAUCUGGGACAACCUGUGGAACACUUUUCGGGCAAAAGUUCGCUGCGUGCCUUCCUCAUGAGCUGGGUCAUGUUUAGCUAUGUGCUGACCACAAUUUACUUUGGCAAACUCGAGAGCAGCUUCGUUCAACCGAGCUAUGAACAGCAGUUGGAUUCGUUGGAGGAUUUGCCCGAGAUGCAUUAUAAAGUUCACGGAGUGACCACCGUGUUUGAAGCCAUCAAUUCAUCGUUGUCGCCACGUCAGUAUCAAAUGCUGACUGCGAGGCAGCGAAUACAUCCGCUCAAUGAUACAUAUCAUUUUUACGAAGUACCUGUGAGUAAACGUUCGAAACGCGCUGCUUUCGUUAUGCGCGAUGACAGAGCAAAGGAGUUUCUGGCCCUGACAUACAAUCCGGAAACAGGACGUUCGGCUUAUCACAUUGUUAAGCAGUAUCUGCGCUCUAUGCCGAGUACUUAUAUCAUGCCAAUUGGUUCACCAUUUCUCUACAAGUUUCAAAUGCUGUUGAGCGCUUUCUUCGAGCACGGUUUCUUCGAUUACUGGACAGAAUUGGAUGUGCUGCAUCGCACUCGCUCUACGCAAUCGGAUGAGUUCUUUGAGGAUCUGGGCGAUGACUCUGAUCUUCCCACAGAGGAAGUCAAUGUGGGUGAAGCGCAAGAGCGACGCAAGAAGCGUGUUGUGCUCACAAUGGACAUACUGCAGGGUGCCUUCUACUUAUGGAUAAUUGGCAUAGUGUUGAGUCUGAUGGGUUUUCUGAUAGAACACGCAUAUUUUCGCUUAAGAAGAUGUCGACAUCGGCGAGUUGGCAACGCGAUUAAUCCAUUUUAG